GUUGCAUCUCAUUUGCCCCUCGACCUGACCCAGCCUCGCCUCGCGGCCCACACACCCCUUGGCACCCAUGGGUGCCAGCCUCCCAUCGGCAGUAACCUCCACAGUGGUGGAGCGCCAGGGCUCAGAGCAGUUCAAUGUGGCCGUGGCAGAGAUGAAUGGCUGGAGAACCAGUAUGGAAGAUGCUCACCUGAUUUUGCUGGCGAAGGACUAUGGCGUUUUUGGUGUUUUCGACGGCCAUGGGGGAGGUGCGUGUGCUGAAUUUGCUGCUAGGAGGCUGAAAGAAGAAAUACGAGCUUCUGGAUGCCCAAACGGUGAUGAGAUCAAGAAAAUGUUCUUCAAAGUAGAUCAAGAGUUUCUGGACUCGGAGCAAGCCAGUGGCUCCACUGCCACGAUGUGCGUGGUGAAGAAACCCAAGGCUCCAGCAGGGAAGCACCAGCUGCUCGUGAUCAAUGCAGGUGACAGUCGGGUCCUGCUGGGCAAGCGAGAUGGGACCAUUGUGGAUGGCGGAGGCACUGACAAAGGACUCACCACAGACCACAAACCAGACCAUCCAAAGGAACGAGCGCGGAUCGAGCGCUGUGGUGGCAAAGUGGAAAUCGCUGAAGGUGGUGUGGCCCGUGUCAAUGGAAACCUGGCCGUUAGCCGAGGCUUCGGCGACAAGGAUGAGAAGGCGACAGGUGGUCCUGGGCCCGAAGAUCGCCCAGUCACAGUGGAGCCGGAGUUGCGACACAUUGAGUGUGAGGACACGGAUUUUCUGCUGCUGGUGUGCGAUGGAGUCUCUGAAGGUAGCUUUCCCAAUGAGGAGGUGGUGAAGCUGGUCGCCUCCAUGCUCAGAGACGGCAAGAACAUUGGCGAGGCAGUGACUGCUGUGUGCCACAAGGCCGUGCAGACCGAUUCGAAAGACAACAUUACUUGCAUGGGAGUUCUCUUGUCCAGGGGCUCUUCGUCAGGGCUGGAGUUCAACCCAGGGCCUCUGACCGACAUAGGUAAGAAAGGUUUCCGAACAGCCUGGGCAGCCAUGGCAGAGAAAGCCGGCCUGUCCUUGGUUGACGCAGUGAUGAAGCGGUACGAUGUCAUCCAGGAGGAAUUGAAGGCAUCUCCCACAGCUACGCUCAGGGAGGAGCUGUCGAAAUUUGGCGGUACCCCGCCAGAGGACAACAAAAAGCAGUGGUUCGAGAAGUGGCUGGCAGGGUUGCCCGAAGAGAAGGAGACGGGCCCUGGCGGCAUGGACAUGGAGACGAUUCAAAACAUGAUGGGAAAAGGUGGAGGGGCAGGAGGAGCCAAGGGCGCAGGGAAGGGUAAAGGCUACUCAGAGAACCAGAACUCGGAAGAGGGUGAGAAGGAGGAGGAUGGAUACACGUGGAGCCAGAAAGGUGAGGAAGUUCAGAUUGCCUUCAACCUGUCAAAGGCCGCAUCCAAAAAAGAUGUCAAAGUGGUCUUCAAACAAACCUCCAUCACUGUGCAAGCUAAUGGUCAAACCUUGCUGGAUGGAGCUCUGAAUGGCAAGGUGGAGACAGAGGAUUGCACCUGGUGCUUGGUGAAUGGUGGAACCGAGCUGAAUGUGAUGCUCACCAAGCAAAACGAGUCGGACAAAUGGACGGCCUUGUUGAAGUGACCGCCGCUUUUUUCGGCGCGGGGAAAUGCGAUGCCAAAGGUUUUGCACCGCUCCGCGACGCCACAGUUCCAGCUAGGUGGGAAAAUGA